UUAUAUAUUUGGGUUGUUGAGAUCAGUAUCAGACAUCACAGUAUUUUCAUUAAUCUGUUUUCUUUUUUUAUUGAUCAAGUAAUUAUUUAGUGUAUAAACUGAGAAAAUAACAAACAAAUUGCUUGUUUUGUGCAACCAACAGUGCAAAACCCACAAUUAUUCACUUUACAGUCAUACAAAACACAGACAAGCAGAUUGGUGUUCAUAUAAAUGAUUUAAAACGAUAAACAGAUUAUAAAAAUCGUUUAUAUGAUUGUUGACUGACUAAACUAAUUAUUUGAUUAAUUGACCAAUCAUUGCAGCACAACUACAGAUUGAUCUGUAAAAUAAUCAUUAGUUCCAGCCUUAAAACAAGAUGAUGUUCUUUGUAUUUCCCAGCUUUUCUUUUAAAAGACAUUGCAUUGAUUAAGUUUUAAAGUUUGUACAUUGAAAUACACACUUACAGAUAAAAAUACAUCCUAUAUUGUGUUUCUUUAUCUCAGUCUUAUGCACUAUUCUGUCUCUUUUGAUAUAAAGUUGAUUUUCACUGCCUGCAGGAACAGAAGUGUUUGCUUUGAGAUGUCUCAGAAAGCAACGACCAGGACUUCAUCGCUCAUGGCCCUUCAUUCAGAUUCACAUAAACAGAGCAUCCUGAGCAAAUUCGACAAGCUCAGGAAAAGGGACUUACUGUGCGACAUCACCCUUGUUGUGGAAGACGUGCACUUCAAGGCGCACAAAGCCCUGCUGGCAGCAAGCAGCGAGUACUUCUCCCUCAUGUUCACGGCAGACAAUCAGCCUCAACCUACCUACCGGCUGGAUGGUAUGGCAGCGAAGAUGUUUGCUGCAGUGCUGGAGUUCAUCUACAGCGCCCAGGUGUCUGUGGAGGAGAACGCCACAGAGCAGCUUCUGGCCACGGCUCGACUCAUGGAGGUCAGUGACCUUGUCAAGGCGCUCACUGAACUCACACGCUCUGCUGCAGCGGUUAAAGAGGCGGAGGCAGAAUUAGCAAAGGUGCCAGAUCUGUCCAAACGCAAAAGAGGACGGCCAAAGAAAAACCUGGAUGUGCCUGUAACCCAGCCGGAGGGGAGUAGUGCCCCAUGUGAGAGCUCAGACGAGGGGCAGGAUAGAGCAGCAAGUGAGUCACGACCUAAAGAUGAUGCGGAUUACAACCCGGGAGCCCACCGACAGAGCAAACGCAAAGUCAGGCCACCGGUGAAAUACAAGAGCUACACGGUGGCCAGCGACACGGCGGGAAGCAAAGAGCCUGGGAAGAGAGGCAGGAAGAGGAAAUACCCCAACACUGAGGCCCGAUGUGAGGAAUGUGGCAAAGUAUUCAAAAACCACCUCUUUUUAAAGAUUCACCAAAGAACUCAUACAGGAGAGAAGCCUUUUCAGUGCCUGGUUUGUGGAAAGGGUUUUACCCAGAAGCACGCUCUGCUGUCUCACCAGCGCAUGCACACAGGAGAAAAGCCGUUUGUUUGUACUAUCUGCUCCAAAGCGCUCUCCACCAAACACACCCUGCAAGAGCACAUGAACCUCCAUGAAGGAAAGAAACCAUUUAGCUGUGACAAAUGUGUAAAGACCUUCACUCAGAACAGGCAACUUAAAAGCCAUUACAGAGUUCAUACAGGCAAAUUGUUACCAGAAUGCGCUCAGUGUCAUCACAAGUUUUUGGACACGGCUCAGCUGAAAAAGCACCUGAGAACUCACACAGGUGAGAAGCCUUUCACCUGUGAGAUUUGUGGAAAGUGUUUCACAGCCAAGAGCACACUGCAGACUCAUAUCAGAAUCCACAAAGGUGAGAAGCCAUAUGAGUGCAGCUUCUGCAACAAAUCAUUCUCCGACCCCAGUGCAAGAAGACGACACGUCACCUCUCACUCGGGAAAGAAACCCUUCACCUGCUCCUCCUGCAGCCUGUCGUUCACCCGCAUGGACAAUCUGAGAACACACACCAAAUCCCACAACAAGGAAAGAGCUGCAGCAACAGAAGCCUCGUCCGACGCGGCGGUAUCGAACGCCGCAGCACCACCGGAGGAGGUGGGUAACAUCCUCCAGCUGCAGGACUACCAGCUGCCUUCCAGCUCUGAACAGGAGAUCCAGCUGGUGGUGACGGGAGAUGUUAACUUUGUGCCGGCUCAGGACCAGGAGAUCAGCAUCAUCACCACAGAGGGAGAGACGACAGAAUCGGCCCACUCCAGACUCACCCUCCUCACCCAGUCGUCAGGAAACGUGCAGAACGUGGCUCUGGUCACACAAGGCGCCGUGGUGGACCCGAGCCCUCAGAUUCAGACUGUCGGUACGCUGGAGGGCCAGAUGACACGGCAGCCUGAGCAGAUGCAUGUUAUCACUCUGAGUAAAGAGGCAAUGGAGCAUCUACAGGCCCACCACGGUCCCCCGCAGCCCCUUCAGAUAGCACAGCGACCCGUCCAGCAGCUGCAGGUGAUGGCCCAGCCCAUCCAGCAGCUGGCUGUCGCUCAGGAGAGCUCGCAGGGGCAGGUGAGCAGGGAGCAACACAGCCGGGCCAUCCACAUCAGCAGCCAGAGCAGCCAGCCCAUCUCCAUCAGCCAGACCAGCGAGCAGAUCUCCAGCCACCACAUCCAGGGACAGACGUUUCAGAUCCAGGCAGGGACCGUCUCCUACCUGUACACCACCGGGCUGCCGCAGGAGAGUUGAGUGUUUGCCAGGUCCACACUCUAAAUACUGCUGCUACAGUGCACAUUAAUAAUGAAUGAACAAAACUAGUAUAUAUUAUUAUAUAUAUAUAUCCUAUUAUAAUGGAGUACGAAUAUUUUUACUUACUUAUUUAGUUUUACUGCAACUUUACAUUUUCUUACAUUAAUAACUACGUACACAGUUAAAGUUGUUUUCUUCUGGAAAACUGAGAUUUGAGUCUCUUACUAAAUAGCAAUACAUUUCACAAACAUGUUCUUGGUAAAACAACUGGAAGAUAAAUGAUAUGCAGCAGCAGCAAUAAGCAGCCGAUAAUCAUAGAUAUUGGAGAGUUACAAAAAUAUGAUAACGAUAUUAAAUUGCCUAAUAUUCAUGUUUUACAUACCAGUAAACAUGUUCACAAAUAUUUUUGAUGAUGAUCCUUUAAAUUUAUUUUUGUUUUAAGAACCGUUACCGAAAUAUGAACUAAGUAGAACAUUUUACAGUUAAAAACAUCAAUAUAUCUGCAAUAAGCUCAUAUGAGACUAGUUCUAAUAUGCAAAAAGCUGGUUACAGUUGCAGUUUGACAGCAAAACUUCAUGUCUUGGAUGUUGGAGCUUCUUUAAGUGAAAUAAUCUGAAUCUGAAUACCUAUGAUGGGCUUUAGGAAGGGGUCAGCAGUAAAACAAAAGGUUAAUAUUUCUUGAUCAAAAUCAUGGACUGACACAAUGUUGUGUUUUAUUAAAACUGAAUACAACAUUUUAUUGUCAAUUGAUAGAAAGUAUUCUAACAUUAAUGCAUUUUACAUGAAGAAAAAGUGUCUAUGGGGCUGAAAUAUGGAAGCAGUGUAAAGGUACUGCACUUUUUGGAAGGGAAUACAUGCACAGUACAUGAUGAUCUAAAAUAAACUGGAUAAUAAAAUGCCAUGAUGAUUGAAAAUGAGCCAAACCCUCACUUAGGUUUAUGCUUUAAAAAUAACACGGAUACAAUUUGUUUCACAUACAACUAAAGACAGAACCAGAGAGCACCCUGAAUGUCAAACAGCAGCUAACUUGUUAACAAGUGGGUGUUGCUUUACAAAAUACCCUCUGGGAAAACCUCACAGGUCUGGUAGCGUCGUCUCAGCAGUUGGGACGCGCAGGCGAGUCGGAUCCUGAAAGAACAACAAAGGCUGAUUUGAAUGUUGAUUGUGUAUUCAUCCAAGGACAGUGUAACAGCACUCUGGAGCAUAUUACUACUGAUGAGAAAUGAACAUUUGUUUACAUUUACCUAAUAAAACAUGCUUUAAGGUACAGCUGGGCAAUACUAAGUUAUACAAAUAUAUAAGUAAAAUAUAUCAACAUACGGUAUACAGAACAUCUACAUAACUUGACAAUACAGUGUUCGACAUUGAACUGUCAGAAAAGCAAAUAAACAAAUUUCCCAAACUGUUUCUUUAAGGCAGUAAUUAAUUUCAAUAAUUAAACUGAAAUGAACUCUUCCCCAUACUUUAUCAUCCUACAGCACUUUCAGGAGUUUAAACUUCAGUUGAACAUGUUGUAACGCACUCCACUGUGCUUCUCGGGCUCACUCACUGCUUUCGGUCGGUCUAUUCUUGUAUCAGAACGGCUCCUGGCUGUUUCUGCUCUCUGGUGUCUUGGCUCUGUCGCACAGUCCUGAAGUGUGCCGUAGUUUGUGAGGCUGCCAAGCUGCAGGGCGGACUGCUGCUGACUGGCCCUGCGUGGACCUGAGACAGAAAUAGAACAAAGACUGAGCUUUAAACCUCCCAAAAUACGAUUUAUAAUGGAAUUUAAAAUGUAAUCACAAAAUGCUAUGAGUAUCUGGAUAACAUGAUGGCUUUAAUUUUACUCCUGAACCGCAUGAGCAGGUAGAAAUCCAGGUAUAAAUCGCAAGAUAUUAUUUUUUUUUUUGUGUUGCAGAUUAUCACUGCUCUGAGAUGAAGGUAAGGUGGGUACGGUACCUGCUGAGGGACUUCUAGCACUCAAUCUGCUCACUGACAGCGUGUAAUAAGCCCUGCUUUGGCCUGUGAUGGAAUUGAGAGUGAAAUGUCAUGUGAAAUUAUUUGAAACAAAUGGAAAAAAGGAAUUGGCCAGUAUCUGUCGUACUGUUUGUCUCUGUCGAUGUGUACCUGUCGUAGAGGUGCAUCGGGACAAAGCUGCUUCCAUGUCGUUCACCUGGUUCUGCAGUUUGUCCACCUGCUGAAAGGCUUCUUGUUUGAGGGUGAGCUCUUGCUGUAGCCGUCCCCUCACCUACACCCAGAAAAUAUGAAGAAUCUCGUAUUAUUUUACCUUAAAGUUGAGGUUUUCUUGUCAGUCAUGGGUUGCCUUGAAAGUUCGUACAUUUCCAGAGGAGGAAUCCUACUGACUUCCUCCAGCGCCACCAUGAGGCUGAAGUGUAAUAUCUCACUAACUGUUGGAUGGAUUGCCUUGAAAUUUGGCGCACACGUUCAUGUUUUCCUCAGGAUGAAUAGUCCUUUUUCACAGCAGCCAUUUUGAUGUGAAAUAGUCAGGUAAACACAGGCGUUACCAAUGAUACUAAUUCAUGUUUCGUUACAUUUAGUGUAGCAGAGACUUUCCAACGAGCCAACGUGCAGCAUAAAAAGCAGCAACCAAUGGAACAGAACUUAAAUAGUAUUAUUGGUAACACCUUUGUUUACCCUACUAUUUCAUGUCAAAAUGGCUGCUGUGAAAAAGGUCUAUUAUAAUGCCUUUAUGAUACCCUUGCUUUUCUUCCAGCACCAUCAUCAGGUCUAAAUUUAUGGCUGAUGACACAUGGCUGCAGAUGCUAAAUCUUGAAAUUAAAUUUUUUUGUUUAAACAUUAAAAGCUCCAAAGCAUUUUUUUUGUUCUUUAUGUAAUUCAGUGUGAGAGAAACUUUGAAAUGGUUCUCCAAAUGUUGCUUUUAUAGAAAUAUAUAAUUAAAAAAUCAACUUAAAAUUGUUGUGAUCUUUACUUCGGCCACUAAAACACAAAAGUAAUUUCUUCAUGUGUUUUGUUUAAGUGACUUUAAAAAAUACAUUAAUGACUUGAACAAGAAUACAGGUAAUUGUGUAUCAUUGCCAUCCAGUGAAAAUCUAGAGUUGGAAAUUGUGAUGAUUUUAAAACUUUUCUGAUCGGUUGAGACAAGAUUUUUCCUUCUUAAGCCAAAAAACAAUAAAGACCCAUUUGGAUUAUCUGAAAAAUGUAUUGUCACAAACCUGAAAAGGUUACAGCACAGAUACAGCACAUGGUUUUCACAGGACAAGUAUUUGCACACACACACACACCAACACACACAUUAGUCUAAUGAAGAUAAUUUACAGACCUGUCGGAUCUCUUUGGCGCUGCGCUGUCGGUGUAGCUGGUUCAUCCUGCUACCUCUGUCCAGCUGCUCGCUGAGCGCCCUGAGCUGUGUCUCUCUGUCCUCCAUGUCGGCUCUCAUUUGUUCCAGGCUCUGCACUCGAUAGCUGUCCAGCUCCUGCCUGCUGCGGGCCUCCUGUGCAGACUGAUGCCUGGACACCUGGAGCUCCGCUGUCUGUGUAUCAGCGGGUAUUUAAUGAAUUCAUCCAGGAUGCACUUGGCAGCUCUGUAGUUUCUACGCCUCCAGGGUUUGACAUUUAAAACUUCAUUAUAGAGUUUUACAUGAAUGUAAGUCUAUAGGAGCAGAAUGUGAUACUUAGUUAAGAUAGUAACUAGUAUAGUUAAGAGUUAGAAAGGAUGCGGAAGCAAGUAAAGUCCUUAGCCACUAGAAAUCCAAUAAUGUGCUACUGUAGUUGCACACAAUCAUAAAUACAAUACAGGAUGUGAUAUGUGAUCAUAGAAAUACUUCAAAUACAGCAAAUCUACAACAUUUUCUACUUUAACUUUCUACCUGACUAGAGCUGUUAUAAUCUGUCACUUGACAUAAAAGUAAUCGAACAUAACAUAACACACUGCAAAUGUGAAUAUUUUCUGGAUAUCUUAAUCUCCUAUGAUAGUAAACUGAAUAAUACAUGUUUUGGACAUAUGAAGACAUCACUAUGAGCUUUUUUGGAUUCUAAACAGUGAAUCCAUUAAUUGUUAAAUUGUUAUUAAUUGGUAGAUUAAUCAAUAAUGAGAAGUAUCAUUUGUUGCAGCCAUGAGGCUCACAACACAGCACAUUCUUACAUUAUAAAGGUUCUAGGUGCACGUUAAAGAUAGCCUGCCUGAUAACUGUUGCACCAAAAAGUGCCCCAAAAUCCACAAAUUUCCUUUGAGUUGUUAAUGCUUUAAACAUUUUAAACUAGUCAAAUCACAAAAAGAGAGGGAUUGUACCUUUAAAGUUGGAAUAAUUUGAAGACAUACUUGAGAAAAUAAGAUUAUGGAAUUAUGAAUAAGUAGAUACUAAUCUCAUUAAGUUAAAAUGUAAGAUUAUAAUGGUUAUUAACUAAAGUUCAUGUCAUAUAUAUGUAAACCAUCUGUGAAUUAAUACAUUUAUAUAAGAUUUAUACUCAUUCUAGCAAGAUUAGAUGAAUGACUGUGAGGUGAAACAGAGUUUACCUAAAUGUUUUAAACUCAGGGAGGUAACUGUGUGAGAGUUUUUCUCUACAGUCGAUGUUGGUGUUCGGGCAGUCGAAGUGUGGAUGAGACGACUAUGUACCUUCCUGCUGAGCAGCUUCUUGGUGCUGCUGCACUCGGCCUGACAGCAGGUCAACACCUUCCUCACGGCCUCCAGCUCCUCCUGCAGGAAAACCACCUCCUCCUCUGACGUCAUCUUCACCCUGAGAGCGUCGGUGCGACAGAGCCGUUGUGAAACUCAGUGUGUUCACUGCCUUGGAAGUCCUGACUCAUCCGACUACCAGCUAAUCCAAAAAUGGGCAAAGCCAUGGAGCGCGGGUGGAGCUGAAUAACGCUACUGAAGUUAGUGAAAACAGCCGCCUGUGAUGACACCCACCUGUCACUCAAAGCCACUCAAGUUGCCACUUUGUCAAAAACUAACUAGAUAAGAGCUUGUAGACACAGACAGGAAAACACAAGCUUUUUGACUCAUGGUGUUUGUUUGUGUGUCUGCUUUCCUGUCGCUGCGGGGGGAUGAAUUUGAUUUGUGAGUAUUGAAUAUUGUGUUUGCUGACCUGCUGAGUUUGAAGCAGCUGUCGGUGAAGUUUCUCCUGGUCGACCAGCUGCCUCCAGCUGCUCAGAGCCUUCAGUUUACAGAGCAGAGAAGUCAGCCGGCUGUUCUCCAGGUGCAACUCAUGGACUUCUUCUUUCUAACAGAACAGGUGAGCGACCUGGGCCUGCAGCGCUGAGAUCUCCAACAUCAUCCCACGACAAACAGCAGCCACCUGUGGGACAGUAACACGGCACAGAAACACUGAGAUCAGGUCAAACAAGUGCUGCUGAGGCUGGCAGGAAUUCGGUGAUACAGGAAGUUUUAGAGGUCAUAAAGUGUUGGAUAAGGAGAAUGCUGGGAUCCCCAAAGUCAUUAAAAAGUCUCUCACAUCUGA